ACUGCGCAAUGUUUUUCUUGAAGUUUUUGGGAAUUCUGCACUACAAUUUAACGGUUAUGCAAGCGAAUAAAGUGAAUUAACUCAAUAAAAAUAAACAAUUAUCGUAAAAAAUUAAGUGUAAAUUGAUGAAUUUGUUAACAAGUUAAUAAGAAAAUGUAUCGUUUAUUAACGAUCAAUCGAGUGGCCAUAGAAAAUUCUCGUUUAGCUGUGUAUGGGUAUAAAAAACAUGUGGUGGGUCUUAGAGACAGUUGUAGUGGUGGUGGAAUUGUUGGUAGACAAAAUGCAAAUGCAUUUUUAUUGCAACCGGCUAGAUAUCAACUCAUAAACAAUGAUCACCAAAAGGCCGUGUACUGUCAUCUACAACAAAAUUUCCAAUUAACUAAACCCGUAGUUCAGUGUCAAGGAAUUGUUGAGAAAGUCACAUCAACAGUGGGCAGAGAUGCUACUACAACUGCCUUAAUGUUGAGUGCCCGUUCACAAUCUACAACGCCAACAAAUGCUGAGGUUCAGUUGAAAAAGAAUAAAAAAGUAAAAAAACCCCGCUUCGCAAAAUAUGUGGAACUCUUAGAAGUAACUGAUACUGCCGCCAAUGAUCGUAAGUCACGGGUGAAACGUUUGAAGGCCAAAAAGCUGCAAGAUUUUAUUACCAAAACACAGCAGGAAAUUAUUAAGAAAAUCGAAAAUAAAAAACUGAAAGCAAAAACUAAAACGAAAUCAAAUAAAAAGGCUGCAACGCCUUCUUCAAUAUUACUACAGCCCAUUGAAUAUCAAAAAAUCAAUAUGGAAGCAUUGGAUAGUAGUCUUUUGGAAACUGGCAGUUAUGAUGAUAAGCCAAUGAUUUUCUUUGGCAAAGAUGAGGAACUCAUUUCAAAGCAAAUCCUCAACAAUCCCGAACAAAUACAACAAAUUAUCAAGAGUUUUCAUAAUUUUCGAGAUAUUAUUGAGAGUCUGGAGAAUGAUCAAAUUGAAAAUGAUGCUUACAGUAUGACUGCUUCAAAACAUGGCUUAGAUGAAGAUAUGAUAGAUCCUUUAGACUCGCCUGAACCCUACGUAUCACCCGAUAUCAUAGAUGAUCAUGUUACAAAAAGCCACCACAAAAUAGCCACAGUUACAGAGAAAUCAAAACCCAGAUUUAAAUCCAAAAUCCAUCACAAUGAACUGCAAGAACGUUUAGCCAAAGAAAGAGCCCUACGACUAAAUCUCACCACGUAUUUAAAUGUUUGUGUUUCAGUGGGUCUACAAAAUCGUGGCCUAUCAACUCUACUAACCUAUCGCCAAAGAGCCCAAAAGCAUAGCUCAACAAAUAAUUUAAUUACCAUAGAUUUGUACAACAUUUUGUUGCAUGGCUACGCCGAAAAGGGUUCAUUCGAACGUUUUCGUGAAAUAUUCGCUUUGGUUGAAGAAGACGGCUUGAGAUUUAAUGAACAAACAUAUGCGGCCAUCUUUGAGUGUUUAGGACGUUUAGAAACGUCUGCUGAAAAUACCGAUAAGAUACAAAUGUACAUUAAAAAGGCUGAAGAAAUGGGCUUGACCGUAAACCAAAUUAUGGAUAAAUCGAAAUUUAUUGACGAUCAGCGUGAUAUUGCUUUAGAUGCUAUACAACGAGUACUUCCUGACUUUCAACCGAUUUAUACACCACCAGUUUUGGAAUAUAAAAAUCCACUGCUAGAUAAUUUAAAUGAAAAGGUUUUGCCUGCCGAGGAGAAUGUAUUCGAGAGAAAUACUGCAUACGAUAAAUGUGAUGGUUCUGAGAUAAUGAAUUCCAAAUUGGGCUAUAAUAAAGAACAACUGGAGGAAAUGGCCAGAAAACAAUUGGAAAUUGAGUUAGAUGGUUGCAUAACAAUCAAAUCUAUAGAGAAAUCUAAAGAAUUCACAAAUGCUGAAUAUUGUCGUGAAAAACUUAAGGAAUUGGAAACUCAGUGGCGUUCACAAAUUUCCAAUGCAAUUGUUAGAGAUUUAAACACCUUGAAAGCUCAAAUUCGUUAUAAACCACAAGGUUAUAUGAAUUACUACACGUACUUAAAAACAUUGGAUAGUUCUGAAUACGCCGACAUAUUACUAAAAGAAAUUUAUAAACAGGCAGAAGGUUCUGAAACAUUCAGUCCCACAGUGGGUCAAUUGUACAAAGAAUUGGGACAAAAAGUUCAACAACGCUUUCAAAUUGAACAGAAAAAGAAAAACGGUACCUUAGAGAAAAUCGGUGAUAUUUAUAGUGCUUACUGCGAUGUUUGGGAUCAUGCUAAUACCAGCGAUAACACCAGACAAAUCUGGCAACGUUUAGUACAUAAAGAACGCGUUUCUGGUCCCAGUAUGGAUAUAAGGGAAGUGGCUUGGCCAUCAAAUGUUUUGACGGGGGUGGGACGUUUUCUUUAUAAUAUAUUAAUGCGUGACAUUAAAAUUGAUACCUAUGUUAUGCGACAAAAACAAAAAACUAAACAACAAAAUUUACUACCAGCCUUUUAUACGCUAUUCCGUAAUCAGGGUAGAAUGGUAAAGGAAGAGGUAAAGCCUCACCCCGUUUUGGCUAGACUAUUGCGAGCAUCUCGUCAACAAACUUUAACUUUUGAUUCGAAUCUAGUACCUAUGCUGUGUCCUCCCCAACCAUGGAGUACUCCUCACAAUGGUGGUUAUCUUUUAAAUAAAUCCGAUUUAAUUAGAUUACCGCUCCAAGCCAUACAACAAUGGGAACGUAUUAACUCCAUGCCUUCACAAAAUAUUUAUCCUGCCUUAGACUCUCUAAAUCAGUUGGCCAGUGUUCCCUGGCGUGUAAACACAGAUAUUUUAGAUGUAAUUAUUGAGGUAUUCCAAAAUGGCGGCAAUGAUAAAUUGGAUGUACCACAGCCACCCAAUUCUUUGCCAGCCCUACCUUCCAUACCUGAAAAAGAUUCCACAAUAUCGAAUGCAGAUCGCGCCAAACUAUUUAAAGAAAAAAUGGGCCAUAGACGCAAGCAAGCUGAAAUGUACAGUUUAUGGUGUGAUACUUUAUAUCGCCUAUCACUGGCAAAUCAUUAUCGCGAUAAAGUCUUCUGGCUGCCUCACAAUAUGGACUUCAGAGGCCGCGUUUAUCCAGUACCGCCCCAUCUCAAUCAUUUAGGUUCGGAUCUGGCACGCUCUAUGCUAAUUUUCGAUCAGCCUCAACCUUUAGGUGUGGACGGUUUCAGUUGGUUAAAAUUACAUUGCAUUAAUCUCACUGGUCUUAAGAAACGCGACUCUGUUAGAGAACGUCUACUGUAUGCCGAAGAAGCCCUGCCAGACAUUUUAGAUUCGGCUGAUAAUCCACUUAAUGGUCGCAAAUGGUGGACAAAAUCUGAUGAACCUUGGCAGACGCUGGCUUGUUGCAUUGAGAUAGCUAAAGUCUAUAGAUCGCCCAAUCCCGAAGAGUAUUUAAGUCGUUUUCCCAUACACCAAGACGGCUCCUGCAAUGGUCUACAGCAUUAUGCCGCAUUGGGACGUGAUAAAGCGGGUGCCAUAAGUGUAAAUUUAGCACCAGCGCCCAUACCCCAAGAUGUUUACAGUGCAGUGGCGGCGUUGGUAGAAAAGACCCGUAAAUUAGAUGCUGAAAAUGGUCUUCAUGUAGCGCAGGCGCUAGAUGGUUUUGUUAGACGUAAAGUAAUCAAACAAACUGUCAUGACUACUGUUUACGGAGUAACUAGAUAUGGAGCCAGAUUACAAAUUGCUCGACAACUAAAAGACAUCGAUGAUUUUCCCAAAGAUUGGGUGUGGCCUGCUUCCACCUAUUUGACCACCAAAACGUUUGAAAGUCUGCGUGAGAUGUUCACCUCUACCAGAGAAAUACAAGAUUGGUUUACGGAAUGUGCCCGCCUGAUAUCGGGUGUGUGUGGUAAGAAUGUUGAAUGGGUAACACCUCUGGGAUUGCCAGUUGUACAACCCUACAAUAGACAUGAAUUUAAACAUACCCAAAGAUCAAAUGGACGAGUAUCUGAAACUAUGUCCACUGAUAUGUAUGAGAAACCCAAUGUUAUGAAACAGAAAAAUGCCUUUCCUCCCAACUUCAUACACUCGUUGGAUUCAUCACACAUGAUGUUGACUUCGCUGCACUGUGAACGUGAUGGCUUAACCUUUGUUUCGGUACACGAUUGCUUUUGGACACACGCCUGUACGGUGCCCCAGCUAAAUAAAAUAUGCCGCGAACAGUUUGUAGCCCUGCAUUCUCAAGCAAUUUUAGAAGAUUUAUCUCAGUUCCUUAAACAGAAAUACAGCUUCAGAGAAAGUGAUUUUUCUCAUGAUGAUUCCGCCGAAGAUCUUUCGAAACGUCAUUUAAAUCGAGUUCUAUGCCAAAUGCCGCAAAAAGGAGAUUUCGAUUUACGUAACGUCCUUGAUUCAAUAUACUUUUUCAGUUGAACACAUCAUUGGCUAUUAUAAUUAGUAUUUUGUUAUUCAUUUUUCUAAGCAGCAUAAACAAAAAAUUGGAAACAAUUCAUGGUCAACCAAAAAUUUCUAUAAUUUUAUGUAUUAAAACAAAAAUAAUAAUUGGUUAAGUAAUUUUAUAAAAAAAAUGUUCUUUGUAAGAAUUUAUUUAUGUAGAAGUUUAUUACAAAAAAAUUAAACAAUAAAAAACAUGGAAAAAAUUUGCAAAAUAAAAA